AUGGUUUCCUUUCCGCCGACCAUGCAGGCCCAAGAUGACCUUGCUGCGCUCUUUUCCCGCAAUCUAACCUUCCACCCUGAGAGCCAGACGCCACCCAAGGUGGAGGAAGAGCUCAAGCAGACUCCGGACCCCGCCCCCACCAACGCCGCACCAGCUCCGGCCGCGGCGGCUCCCAUCAUUUACUCCAUCACCCAGCACUACAACCACUCGGCACACAUCAUUCGCCAACAGCAACAAGAGCCUCAACAAGAAUUCCAAGAAAUCCAGCGCCCAUCCUCUGAGCCUCCCCAGACCGAGCAAGUCACUCCUGAGACGGUCCUCAUUCAGCACGGUGUCGACCCCUCCGUUCUCUCCCCUGCUCAGAUCAACCUCUUCCGGAUUUCCGAGGAAUCCCACCAGCUACGCUUGAUUAAGAUCUGGCGCGCCGCCCCGCCCACCUCGACCAACGACAACCCCUCCCUGGGAUGGACGAGCACUACCCUCGAGCAAGAGGAGCAGCUGGCGCAGAUUCGGUGGGAGCGCAUGGAGGCUGAGCAGCAGCAGCAACAACAGCAACAGGCUAUGAUGAGCCUGGACGGAACCCAGGUUCAGUCCAGCGAUGGCCGCUGGCUCGCCGACUCCAUCUCCCACCAAGUCGAGCCCUACAUGAUGUCCGGCUACGAGGAGAUGAUGCGCCGCGAGCAGGAGCGCGAGCAACGUGACCGAGAGCAACGAGAGCGCGAACAAGCCGAGCUCCUCCGCUCCUCGGGCAACAACUACUCCCACUACGGUUCCGCCGUCGGCUCGUCAUACAAGCCCGCCACCGACCCCGUCUACAAGGGCUUCGGCGACGACUGGGCCCGGGAGCAGCAGAUGCAGAUGGAGAACCAGUACGGCGCCUUCCAGGCUUGGGGCGGCGCGACGGAGAGCAUGGACAUGGAGAUGUUGUAA